ACCCGACGCAAAGUUUCAGCUUCCCGGCGCAUUUUGCCGGGCGUACGCGUCGCGAUACGCGGCGCAGCGCUGCCCCGGCAUGCCUUCGUGAACCUUAAAAUGCGUGGCGCCCAUCAAAGGCUGCCCACGUAGCCGCGCCAGCCCUGCAUCUCCGCGGCCGCGGCCCGCCAGCCGGCGCCGCCGCAGCGCUGCACGCGGAUCAGCACCAUGCGUGAUGUAGCCAUCGGCGCCCUGCUGGGGGCAGUAUUAGCGGUAUUCGUGCACCUCGCGGCCAUCCACUCGCGGACGCACCACGACGCGCACCACGCGACGUCGGCGAUCCAUCAAGCGUUGAAGCGCGCCGCGCCGCGGCGCCGUUUUCUGCCCUUCUUUGAAGGCUGCGCUCCCUCACAAACGUGCGCGCGGAACCUCGUCGAGCGGCCGCGGAGUCGGCUCGAGGGCGCGCCGGGCGACGCGUCCGUGCCACCACCCAGUGAUUGGGCCUCGCAUUUCGCGGGGAACGAGCUGGCGGGCGCCGUCGCCUCCGCGAAGUGCGCGCCGGGCGCGGCCGUCAACGCCGGGCAUGCUCAUAUGUCGAGGGGCGCGUGCGCCUACGAGUGGCUCCACGACGCCUUCGGGCGGCGGCGUAUUGAUGCGGAGGAGGCUUGUGAUAUUAUAUCAGAAUCAUCGGCAGCGUUCGCUUCCACCUUGAUAAGGGAGACGGUAUCAAACUUGCGCUCUUCCGUCACUGCCCACGUCUACUGGACCGUCCUCGACGAUUCUCGAACGGACGCGGCCGCGAAUAUGAUGAAAGCGUUCGAGACCAUCGCGCGGCCCUCGUCUCCAACGCCGUCGGUUCUGGUCGUGGCGUCCGUCGGUUCGAAAGCGGCGUGCGCGGCUCGGAAAGCGGGCGCGAGAACGGCCGCCUGGCGGCCGCCACCUUCACAUAAAGGAGCGAUCUUCAUGGACCAGGCCCUCGCCACGGGCGGGUUGGACGGACCCGAUAUUCAUGGAAAGAAACGCACCUUCCUGGGCGUGCGCGGCACGGGCGGCGUCGCGCCCGAGCUGUGGCGCGACGGCCGCGAGAUGCUGCGCUACGAGCGGGCUAGGCGCUAUCAUGUGACGAACGACACGCGCUUGAACUACGGCGCCCGCAGCGCGAAAGCAGCGGCGCUGCGCCACGCUUUAUCAUGGCGCGUCGUGGCCAUAUUUUCUUCCACGGACCACCCGAAGCUUCUCAAUGCAAUAUACCUCAAGACCGACGCCGACGCGUUCUUCGCGGGCGCGCCUCCCUCAUCACUAUUGACGAACUUGCGCCCCGGCCUCACGUGCGCCGCGCGGUUUGGAAUUGACCCGCGGCCGGAGCACCAGAGGUUUGUCAGAGCGUCGCGCAUCGGCGGCGCGCCGACGGCCGCGGUCCUGGCUUUUAGGAGAGAUGCCAUGGCCGCGCGGGCCGCGCGCGUCUUCCUGCACGCUUCGAACGCUUUGCUCGAGGCGGUCGACGCUUCGGUAAAUGAAGCGGCGGUCCACGCCGCGGCCCACGGCGACGUUCUGGUGGGCUGCGCCGUCGCGGCCUCAACAGGCAACGACUGGGAGGCCUGGGGCUGUUCCGGUGAUAUUGGUGAAGAAGCCAAACAAGCUCUGAGAAGGGCGAACCUGGACGGGGACGGGCCCUUGCAGAUCCAGCUCUGGGAUUCGGAACAGGUCGUCUCGCACGAACAUCCAAGUAUAUUAUCGGGGGCGACGGUUGCCAUACACGUCAGAGCUGGCGACGACGACCUCACCGCUUCCAGGGAUAUACGAGCGGGGUCGCGGGGCGGCGGCCUCGCGACGACGCCCUACGCGUCGGUUUUGCGAGUCGCGAAGGAACUGGGCGUCUAUCCCGGCGCUAUUGAUGAGUUUGGCAAUAGGGACUACUUCAGGGUUGACACUACAAAACAUAGGAAGUACGUGGCCGUCGAAGACACACUCAUAGCGACGAUGCCGCCGAACUUUCAUAAUGGAGAGCGUUUGGGAACGGCCUGUCUGUCCUUGCUCGCGAUCGCCUACUUCACGGGCCGCGUCGCGGUCCUGCCGGCGGCGCUGCAUUUUGAGAAGUAUUACUACCUCUGGGAGUUCAUCGACGUCGAACAAUCAGUACUGAAAGUCCACUUCCGGGAGUCGCACUUCCUGUCGAAGGCGAGGAGCCACGCGCGGCGCAGUGUAAAUGCAGCGCGGGUGCAGGUCCGCGAGGACGGCACCGUGAGCGUGUCCCGCGUCUUGGAUGAUGACGCGGACGAUGCGAACGCGCGGGUCUACGCGAGGCCCGAUCCGCUGGACCCGAUGGCGCUCGCGGUCGCCGCGGCGACGCGCGACGACGUUGCCAAGGACGCGGACGUGCUCUAUCUCAACGUGGAUGAAAUCCCGACGCACAACGCGCUCGCGACGCCGCACCGCGCCUGCACCUUCCGGCCGCCGUGGAGAGCGAACGGGAAGGGCUGCGCAUCCAGUGGGAAAGGAGCCCCGCCAUGGCUUGGCUUGCUCUACGACCACUACGGCCAUUGCACCUUCGAAGCGCACGCGCUGCGGGGCUUGGGCCUCGUGACGGCGUCGGACGACUGCCACGCAAAAAGAAUCGAAGACGCACGACGUAUGCGCUUGUUCGACAUCGACCCGGGCAACCGGUCCCUCGUCGUCGAGAAGCCGCGCGGCGGCGAGGCGGGGAAGACGUUCAAGGGGCCGGCAAAGCGCUAGUAACUAAGAACAAAGU